AUGACCCCAGGAGUAGCACCUGUAGCUCAAAAACCUAGACCAGUUGCUUACUAUUUACAAGAACCUUUGAAGAAAAGGAUAGAUGAAUGUAUAAGAGAAGAAAUAUUUGAAAAGUGUCAAUGUGGUGUAGAAGAUUUAGAAUUUUAUGGUUGUAAAUUUACCAAAGAUGGAUUAAAACCAGCACCAGAUAAAGUUAAAGCAGUCAAAGAUAAGGCUAAAGCUAUAGGAUCUGUCGCGGAAGCGGGAAAGAGUAUAAGCGACGCAGUGACAAAAUCUGACGAGUUGAAAGAAUUACAACUAAUAACAGAACUACGAAACAGGAAAUUAGAAGAAAAGAAAGGAAAAGGUUUUAAAGUUAUAGGAUAA